AUGGCUGCCGAGGGACGCGGCCCCCGCACCCAGCUCUGGGCCGCGGCGCUGCUCCUGCUCGGUCUGCCGCGCCUUUCGGUGCGGGCGGAUGGGAAGCUUUUUGUGCUGGAGUCUCAGAAUGGCUCUCAGGGCCUCGAACUGGAGGUGGCUCAGCUUUCCUGCAAGAGCAGGGGCGCUCACCUGGUGUCUGCGGAAGAGCUGCGGACGGUGGUCCAGGACUGUGCCUUUGCUGUGUGCACCACCGGCUGGCUGGCAGAUGGCACCCUGGGGACAACCGUGUGUAGCAAGGGGAGUGAUGAACAGCAAAUCAUGAGAGCCAUUGAUGUGAGAAUUGAAAGCAACCCAGCUCCUGGUGCCACGUACAGUGCCCUUUGUAUUAAGGAUGAAGAGAAGCCAUGUGGAGACCCGCCUUCGUUCCCACACACCAUCCUGCAGGGCCGCACGGGCCUGGAGAUGGGGGAUGAGCUGCUGUACGUGUGCGCCCCGGGCCACGUGACGGGCCACCGAGAAACUGCCUUCACCCUGCUGUGUAACAGCUGUGGGGAGUGGUACGGCUUGGUGCAGGCCUGCGGAAAAGAUGUGGCUGAGGCACAUAUUGACUAUGAGGAUAAUUUCCCAGAUGACAGAUCCAUGUCCUUUAGAGAGCUCAUGGAGGACUCCCGGACAGAGGCAGAAGAAGACAGAGGUCCAGGAGAGGCCCCUGAGGAGGUUUCAAAACAGGACCCUCUGGUCUCCAUUUCUGUGGGGAGAGAAAACAUAGCCCAGGAUACAGCCUCUGUGCCAACUACAGGCUUGUCCAUCGUGGGAAGCAGUGUCCCCACAGACUCUCCAGGAACCCAGCUAAACCAGAAGUACUUGUUCUGGUUUCCUGCUGAGAAUUUCCACAAGCCUGGGCUGCAGAAGGAGAUGAAUGAUGGCUCCAAAAAGCAGUUUCUGGCUAGAGACAACCGUAGUAGCCUAACAGCAGCUCCGGGUGAACCUGAAGCCAAGGUGAUCUAUAGCAGCACUCAUGGUCCCUCGGGGCCAUUUCUGGGCAGGACUGACAGCAAGACCGGGGACCCAAUGGUGAGCAGCAGUGAUGAGUCCUGGUUAGAUGGUUACCCUGUGACGGAUGGGGCUUGGAGGAAGAUAGAGGCAGAAGAGGAGGAAGAGGAGGAAGAUGGUGACAAGGGAGAUGCGUCAGUAGGGCUGGAAGAAAGAGUUCCAGUUACUGCUAAUCAGCCCAUUCCUGUCGAAGUUAAGAACCCCAGGAGUACCUCCUUCACACCAAGUGAGGACGUGACCCGUAGUUCAGUUUUUCCAUCUCAAACACUAGAUGUAGAAGCUUUGGCUCUCAGACCCGGAAAUGUGUCUGAAACUGAGGGUCCCAGCACGGGAGAUGGUGACUUGAUCAGGUACCAGUCAACUGUUCCUUGGAGCUUUGCCGCAGAGACGUCUCCCAUGGCCACACUACCCUAUGAACUCCCCAGCUCUACCCUGGGGACAGUGACAACUGCUGUCCAACAGAUGCCAAAUCACAGUCCCUCAACUAUCAUGGCAGCCAGCCAGACUCCAGGGGAAACCAUUGCUCCUGAGGUCCAGGAUGGUUUCCCAUACCUGCUGUCUGAGGACUUCUUGGGACAGGAAAGCCCUGGCCCAGGUGCAAGCGAGGAGCUUCUUCCAACUGUGGAAUCGUGUGUAGGGGAUGGGUGUCCCAGCCUCAGCAGGGGCCCUGUCAUUGCCACCAUUGUCACCAUCCUAUGUCUGCUUCUGCUCCUGGCAGGGGUGGGGGCUGUGUGGGGCCACCGUAAGUGCCAACACAAGAGCUCUGUGUACAAGCUGAACGUUGGCCAGCGGCAAGCUCGGCACUACCACCAGCAGAUUGAGAUGGAGAAGGUCUAG